AUGGAUUUGGAGGUCGAUGUGGCCGACGUGCCGACAAAUUGGUGUCAUAUGCCUCCGGAAAUCAAACUGAUGUGUAUCAAAACCAUGUCGUUGAUGUUUCGUUUCGCGAUUUGGUGUACCUCAACAGUCGAAAGAGAAUUUAUCAAUAGUGAAAAACGUGAUCUUAAGGAAGUGGCUAUAAUCAAUGGAAGUUUGCAAGUAUAUGAUGAAGACAGAGAAUUAAAAAUCAAAACAAAAUUUGAUGAAGUGGAAGAUAUUGAGAAGAACAGGUUACUUCUGAAGUAUAUUUUGACAUCCUGUAACAUCGAGACUUUCUACCUUGAAAAAUCCUUCUUGGAUCUUCCUCAAUUUCUAGACAAACUGGUGGCAAACGAGUCGGUUCAAAUAACUUACCUUAUGUCUGAACGUGCACCGUUGUUUGACAACGGCUGGUUACGAUUCAUACUAAAGAAAAGCUGGAAAUCUGUGUCCGAGAUAGAUUUGCACUGGGCUACUCAUGUGGUCGCACAGGACGUUGAUGCAAUGUUCAAAAUUGCUUCGAUCAAUCACGCUGGGUCUGUGAAGCUACAUCGCACUGGUAAUAAGUAUGCACACAUGUACAUUAAGAAAUUGAUUGAACAUGAUGCGAAAAUCAACACUAUGUAUCACACGGAGUUCCCCUAUGACUAUGAGCGUCAAAGAAAUGCAGCCCUGAAAAAAGUGAAUGUGCUGAGGAAUCGCUUUAAAGAUAGAGAAAUGUACAUUCAGCAUCUGAACUCGGCGAUAAUUGUCUCAAUUUUCAGAUCGUUCAUCAACAACAACAUGCUUUUGAGAACCAACAACCCGGAAAAAGAAAUCGUGCUUCGUGUUCAAGAUCUCAAUAUUGGGUUCUUCGAAGUUUCAGCGACUGUAGUCCCAGCCAACCUCCCAGCGGAACAGUAUCUUGAAUAUUUGAACCUUGUAGAAGUCGACUAUUAA